UCGCGUGUUUUUAGGCGCGCUCACUAAAGUUCUGAGCGCGUGCUUGGAUCUGCUAGCGUCAAGCGCUCUUGCAUCUCAUAACGGCGGAGAAAUCGGAUCAUACUGCAGAUCGGACAUAAUGGCUACAAUGCUGAGCAAAGAAUUGCCGGAUAUCGAGAGUAUCCUCGCCUUGAACCCAAGGGUGAAGACCCACGCAAAUCUACAUUCCACUGCCUCUAAGAAGAAUGAGAAGAAGCACUGGAAGAGAAACCCGGAGAGGAGCUGUGAUUCUUGUGUGAAUUUGGAGAACAACUUCGAUGACAUCAAGCACACGACUUUGAGCGAGCGUGGGGCACUUCGGGAAGCACUGAGAUGCCUGAAAUGUGCAGAUGCUCCUUGCCAGAAAAGCUGUCCCACCAAUUUGGAUAUCAAGUCUUUCAUCACCAGCAUUUCCAACAAGAACUACUAUGGUGCUGCCAAGGCAAUCCUUUCUGAUAACCCUCUAGGUUUGACCUGUGGCAUGGUGUGUCCCACCUCUGAUCUGUGUGUGGGGGGCUGCAACCUCUACGCCUCUGAGGAAGGCCCCAUCAAUAUUGGUGGGCUGCAGCAGUUUGCUACUGAGGUGUUCAGUAAGAUGGGCAUCCCUCAGAUCAGGAAUCCAGAGCUUCCCGCAGCACACAAAAUGCCGGAGAGCUUCCACACAAGAAUUGCUCUUAUUGGUUGCGGCCCUGCCAGCAUCAGCUGUGCCUCCUUCCUGGCUCGGUUAGGCUAUGACAACAUCACCAUCUUCGAGAAACAGAAAUACAUUGGUGGCCUCAGCACUGCUGAAAUUCCCCAGUUCCGUUUGCCCUAUGAGGUUGUGCAGUUUGAAAUUGAUCUGAUGAAGGAUCUUGGUGUAAAGGUUGUUCUUGAGAAGGGAUUGGGGCAAAAUGGGAUGACUCUGACCUCGCUGAAGGAGGAGGGCUUCCAAGUGGUCUUUGUUGGCAUUGGUCUUCCACAAGCAAACAGGGACAAGAUCUUUGAGGGCUUGACCACAGAACAGGGAUUCUACACGUCAAAGGAUUUCCUACCUUUGGUUGCAAAGGCCAGUAAAACAGGCAUGUGUAAUUGCCUUUCACAGCUGCCAAAGCUGCAUGGGAAUGUGAUAGUCCUAGGUGCCGGAGACACAGCUUUUGACUGCGCCACCUCUGCUCUACGCUGUGGAGCUCGACGAGUCUUUGUGGUCUUUAGAAAGGGCUUCACCAACAUUCGCGCUGUUCCAGAAGAGUUGGAGGUGGCCAAAGAGGAAAAGUGUGAGUUCCUGCCCUUCCUGUCUCCUCAUGAGGUAAUCAAGAAAGAUGGACGUGUCGUUGGCCUGCGUUUUUGCCGCACAGAGCAGCAGGAUGAUGGAACCUGGAUUGUUGAUGAGGAGCAAAUUGUCCACCUGAAAGCAGACUUCAUCAUCAGUGCCUUUGGCUCCAUGUUGAACGAUCCAGAAGUGAAGGCGGCCCUGGAACCAGUAAGAAUGAAUGGAUGGGGGACACCUGAGGUGAACAGCGAAACCAUGCAGACCAGUGAACCCUGGGUGUUUGCCGGCGGAGACAUCGCCGGCUUGGCCAACACCACCGUGGAGUCUGUCAACGAUGGCAAACAAGCUUCCUGGCACAUCCACAAGUACAUCCAGUCCCUUCAUGGUAACACAGUAAGCACCACUCCCAACCUACCCUUGUUCUACUGCGCCAUCGAUACAGUGGACAUCAGUGUGGAAAUGUGUGGGAUUAAGUUUCCUAACCCGUUUGGGCUGGCCAGCGCUCCACCCACAACCAGUGCAGCCAUGAUCCGCAGGGCCUUCGAGCAGGGCUGGGGUUUUGCCCUCACCAAAACCUUUGGCCUAGACAAGGAUUUGGUGACCAAUGUGUCACCACGAAUCGUGCGUGGUACUACCUCAGGUCACAUUUUCGGUCCUGGCCAGGGCUCGUUCCUCAACAUCGAGCUCAUUAGUGAAAAAACAGCUGCCUACUGGUGCAAGAGCGUGGCAGAACUCAAAGCCGACUUCCCCAAAAAUAUUAUCAUUGCCAGUAUUAUGUGUGGUUACAACCAAGCUGACUGGACCGAGCUGGCAAAUAUGGCUGAGGACUCUAAAGCUGAUGCUCUGGAGCUAAACCUGUCUUGUCCUCAUGGCAUGGGAGAGAGAGGAAUGGGACUGGCCUGUGGACAGGACCCUGAACUGGUGAGGAACAUCUGUCGCUGGGUUAGAAAGGCCACCACCAUCCCCUUCUUUGCCAAGCUCACACCCAACGUCACCAACAUCAUUGACAUCGCCAGAGCCGCAUAUGAGGGUGGGGCAGAUGGAGUGACAGCCACCAACACUGUAUCUGGACUGAUGGCUCUCAAAGCAGACGCCACACCCUGGCCUGGGAUUGGCAGAGGUGCAAGAACUACAUACGGCGGUGUUUCUGGUAAUGCAAUCCGCCCCAUAGCUCUGCGAGCGGUGUCAGCUAUAGCAAAAGCACUUCCCGGAUUCCCGAUCUUGGCUACUGGUGGUAUUGACUCAGCGGAGUCUGGAUUACAGUUUCUCCAUGCUGGAGCGUCUGUCCUGCAGGUGUGCAGUGCUGUGCAGAACCAGGACUUCACAGUUAUUGAGGACUACUGUUUAGGCCUGAAGGCGCUGCUGUAUCUGAAGAGCAUAGAGGAGCUACAUGAUUGGGAUGGCCAGUCUCCUCCCACCAUACGCCACCAGAAGGGCAAACCAGUCCCCCGCGUGGAGGAGCUCAUCGGAAAGAGUCUGCCUAGCUUUGGACCGUAUUUAAAGACGAAGACUGAAGUCCUGGCGAGGUACAAGAAGAGUCUUAAAGAUGCAAUGGGCAAUGUGAUCACAGACACCAGUGAUUCUAGAGUUUCCCAAAGAAACAUCCCCAAAAAACCCAUCCCUAAUGUUAAAGAUGUGAUUGCGAGAGCGCUGAAGCAUAUUGGUGCCUACCAGGAGCUGGACAACACCGAACAAGUGCAGGCCCUCAUCGAUCCAGAGAUGUGUGUUAACUGUGGCAAAUGCUACAUGACCUGCAACGACUCGGGCUACCAGGCUAUUAAGUUUGACCCUGAGACCCAUCUUCCUGUAAUCAUGGACAGCUGCACCGGCUGCACUCUCUGCCUGAGCGUGUGCCCCAUCAUCGACUGCAUCAAAAUGGUUACCAGGACAACUCCGUACGUGCCCAAGAGGGGCCUUCCUGUUAAUCCUGUUUGCUAAAGCACACCGUCGCACCACCUGACCGGAGAGAAUGAAAACCAAGGAGCGACGUCUCAUUCAAAGCAUCGAUUCCACUUAUCAUUGCUGUGUGAAAAAUUACCUUUAUUAUGAAAAAGAAUAAUUAGCCAGCAGAAAUAAUUGCCUUAUAUUCCCAAGCCAGUUAUGCUUGAAUAAUUGUGCUGGCACAAAAGAGUUGAAUUAUUUCUAAACAACGCAGUUAUUUUUUUUGUUCCUUUUCCCUUUCAGGAUUGAUUGAGAAAGAUGGUGAUGUGCUGUUAUUUUCUCUGGUAUAAAUGAAUAGCAAUAAAUAAAAUAAUAAAAGAAGCAUGAUUGUUAUUAA